AUGGCUAAGAACAGAAAGGUUUCUUUUUUUUAAAAGUAUUUUUGUUGUGGAACUUCAAAUGACAUCUAAGAACCUAAAACAACACUCAACACAUAUAUUAUAACAACUACAAUAAUUGAAUAUUUGAAAUCGAAUAAAAAGGAUCCCAAAUUAUAUUCAAUGUAAUUGUUGGAUGGUUUUUAUCAAGAUAAGGCUAAAAAGAUUAAGACAUUGCAUCCUCCUAAGGAUUUGAUGUUUAGUGAGACUCUAACAAAAAUAACACUAUUUUCAUGUCCAAUAUGUUUUAGAUAUUUUAAUUGUAUAUAAUGGUAUAUCAACAAUUUUAGUCAUUUUGUCAUCAUCUUGUUGUGCAAAUUACAUAUGCCAUAUUUGUGCCUUUGAGUUUUAAAGGCCAAAUUGUCACUUUUGUUAAAAUGAAUCUUGUACUUACUAAGAUGCUGAUUUGAAUACAUAAAAAAUAUACACAGAUUCAUAGGGAAUGUAGUUAUAUGCUUUAUAAUUACAAAAAAAUUGA